UUCGCCGUCAUUCUCCAUAGUGCGAGGAUUUUUGAGUAUCCUCCCUAUUCUUAUUUGAUACUCUUCGCAACUUCACCUUCAUCUUCAUUUGAUCACCCCAUCGUCUAUUUCGGCGGCCAUGCACUGGAGGUAGUACGAUUCUUCGUUUCGGCAACUCGAGAAUUCGAGGAGAAUCAACUAUAUCCUGCGACAAGUGUAAGUGUUUGUAAGUAAGUCGGUAUUUCCAGUUCCGUGUGGACCCUUGGUUGCGACACGUUUUGUUGAGUUUUGUCACACUUCGAUGGAAACGGCAAUUGCACCAAGUUCUGAAGCCAGAAGUAAUAAUCCAGGGAAUGCUGAUGGCUCUGCUGCAGAAAUUGGGGGUUUUAGGCAUCAUGUGGACGAGAUGAUUUCAAAAGUUGACAAGCUUGAGCAACGGUUAAGCGAGAUUGAAAAUUUUUACUCAAACAUGAACAAGAAGCAAGCAAACACAUCAAAGGGUAGCUCUGCUACCAAAGAUAAAGAUAAGGACAAACAUGUACCAAGUAUUAAGAAACAACAGCAGGAUGCAUCACAUAGAGAAGCUGCUGCUGCAAAGAGAAUGCAGGAUCUUAUGCGCCAGUUUGGCACAAUAUUACGUCAGAUCACGCAACACAAGUGGGCAUGGCCCUUUAUGCAACCUGUGGAUGUGGAGGGCCUUGGUUUACAUGACUAUUAUGAGGUCAUUGAUAAGCCUAUGGAUUUCAGUACCAUUAAGAAUCAGAUGGAGGCUAAGGAUGGCACUGGAUAUAAAAAUGUCCGGGAGAUAUGUGCUGAUGUCAGAUUGGUUUUCAAGAAUGCUAUGAAUUAUAAUGAUGAGAGAAGUGAUGUUCACGUGAUGGCAAAAACUUUGCUGGCAAAAUUUGAGGAGAAAUGGUUGCUACUUCUGCCAAAAGUUACUGAAGAGGAAAAAAGACGAGAAGAAGAAGAAGCAGAGGCGCAGAUAGCCAUGCAGCUUGCUCAAGAGGCUGCUUAUGCAAAAAUGACUAGAGACUUGAGUAAGGAGUUGUGUGAAGUUGAUAUGCAUUUAGAAGAACUGAGGGAGAUGGUUGCCACAAGAUGCAGAAAAAUGUCAACUGAAGAGAAAAGAAAGCUUGGAGUUGCCCUCGCCAAACUAUCUACUGAAGAUAUCAGCAAAGCAUUGGAAAUUGUUGCACAAAAUAAUCCGAACUUCCAAGCGACUGCUGAAGAGGUGGAUCUUGACAUAGAUGCUCAGAGUGACUCGACCUUGUGGAGGUUAAAAUUUUUUGCGAAGGAGGCAUUAGAGAAUCAGGGCAAGAAUUCAGGAAGCAUAGGGGGCGGCAACGAAAACCAUAACACCAACAAACGGAGAAAAGAUAUAUGUGAUGCUAUUGCCAAGACGUCAAAGAAAAAGGCUAAGAAGCCCAAGGAGUAAUUCUAAUACUCAAAACGGAGGUAUCCGAAGGAGUUUUCCUUCCAAAAUGAAAAAAACUUUGUGCGGUUUGGCUUUAGUCUCUUCAGCUACAGCUACAGCUAUUUCAUGUAGCUCCUGGUUAUUGGCUUAUUGGAAGUUCAUAUCACUUAAGGUGACGAGACUUUUGUUGUUGUUGGUAUUGCUUCAUUGAAAUUCCAAUUCUUGCUGUCGUCUCUUCAGCUAUAGCUAUUUCUAGGCUCCUUUUGAAGGCUAACUCUUGCUGGUUUUGAAUGGCAGUUCAGCUAUCUCUUGGUCCUCUGUUAACUUUGUGUUGGCUCUCUGAAAAUGUAAUUAUCUAAGAUGAUGAGGUUAGGUGGCGAUGGGUCAGCUUAGGAGCGCAGGCUCAUGUGAACUUUAUGACUCUGUAUAAAUGCAUGGAACAUUGUAUUUCCAAUGAAAUAUUGAAGUUGAAAACGUUGAACAUUG